AUGAAGUUAGACUGCAUCAUUGUAAAUGGCAUCAUUGUCACUGCGAGCGACGUUUUGCCCGCGGGUCUCGAAAUCGGCAUUCGAGAUGGAAAGAUUCACUGCGUAGGCAGCGAGCUGCCUCGCGAGGCGACAACUCGCAUCAUCGACGCUGAAGGAGCAUAUGUUACACCCGGCGGUGUUGACUCGCACACACAUAUCCAGCAAGACAAUGCGCCAACCGGAGACACAUGGGAGACGGGGUCUCGAAGUGCAAUUGCAGGCGGUACAACGACAAUCAUUGCAUUCGCGAGCCAAAAGAGGCAUGAAAUGUCCCUUCUGCCCGUUGUCCAGACAUAUCACGGCAAAGCCCGGGGAAACAGUUAUUGUGACUACGGGUUUCACGUCAUUCUGUCAAAUCCUACCGAGGAUAUCCUGAAUAACGAGCUGCCCGUUUUAGCGCGCGAGGAAGGUAUCACAAGUGUCAAGCUGUACAUGACUUAUGAGCCCCUGAAACUCACGGACCGGGAUCUUCUGUAUGUGAUGAUGAAGUGCCGGGCACUAGGGAUGACAACCAUGAUACAUGCGGAGAACUCGGAUAUGAUCUCGGUCAUCAUCGAGGGAUUGCAGAAGCAUGGCAAUAUGGACACAUGGUUCCAUUCGGUGGCACGCCCGAGAAUCGCAGAAGAUGAGGCUACCUAUCGGGCUAUUUCUCUCGCUGAGCUCGCAGAUGCCCCGAUUCUUCUGGUUCAUGUCUCGUCUGAAACGGCUAUCGAGCAUGUUAGAACGGCACAGUCUCGACUCCUUCCAAUCCAUGCCGAAACAUGUCCCCAUUACCUCUUCUUGCUUUCUGAAGAGCUGAAAGGAAAGUCGGCAUCUUUAGAAAUGAACGGUACGAAUGGAACACACAACCACAACCACGACCAUGACCACGACGACGACAGUCAUUUCCAUGGGGCAAAGGCUGUCUGCUCGCCACCGCUCCGCCAUAACCCCUCUGAUCUCGAUGCCCUAUGGCGAUGCGUGACAAACAACACUUUCACCGUUCUCUCAUCCGACCACGCGCCAUCCAAGUUCAACGAUCCCGCCGGCAAAAAGCUCGGCCUUAUCAACGGCAAGAUACCAAUGUUCACCAAAAUCCCCAACGGCGUGCCGGGCGUUGAGACCCGUCUGGCCCUCCUCUUCAGCCAGUCUGAAGCCUGUCUGCCCUUUGAAGAGGCCAAGAUGUCGCUUACCCAGUUCGUGCAGAUGACCUCGAGUAAUGCAGCAAAGCUUUACGGUCUAUCAGACAGAAAGGGCAACAUUGCGCCGGGCUUUGAUGCUGAUUUCGUGAUUUGGCAUCCGAAGGAGAGAGGCGCUAGGACUAUUAGCCAGAAUAUGUUGCACCAUGGCGUGGACUACACGCCAUUCGAGGGGAUUGAAGUCCAGAAUUGGCCCAGGUACACUAUACUUCGAGGAAAUGUGGUAUGGGAUGCGGAUAAUGGGGGGAUGGUGGGCGAGAAGGGCUUAGGGGAGUUCUUGAAGCGUGGCAGAGGCGGUGUUUUGACUGGGAAGUUCCUUAUCUCGGUUGAGUUCAGACGAGCGCAACUCGUCCACCUUUCUGAUAUGCCGAGUUUAGGCAUCUUCAUUCCACAAGACAUUGCUAGAAGAAUUCCUCGGAAGACGAACCGAAGCCGCAUUCAACGUUUCAAGGAAGCAUAUCGAAAUGGCUCCGGAGGUCCGCCGCACACAACGCGCUCCGCUUUCAUGCAUCGAAUGCUAUUCUCGAAAGCUCAAGUGCAGCAAAGAAACGAUCCUAUUCGACACGAGAAUCUACGUGCAUGCGCCCUUCGUGUUGGACAGCAGCUAAAUCUCGGCUGGGACCACCUCAGUCCAGGCGAAACUCUGCUACAGCAAGAGGAGCGUCGGCGUCUGUGGUGGGAAACAGUUAUUUGCGAAUGGCUUUCGACUCCUGGAAAGCCACUGUGCAUUAUCAGCCCCGGAUUUGAUUGUGCUCUUCCUCUGGUGGUCAACGAUUACCAGUUGCUACGGAGCGCUGAUCUAGAUCCCCCCAGCAGCGACCCUCUUCUUCAAGUCAAAUAUCACAUCAUCAUGGCCAGAAUUGCAACUGUUGACAAUGAACUGAAAUCAAAACUAUGUGCCUGUGACUGGGUAGAUACUGGAAUUGCUAACUUUGUUAACGCCGCUGACAAUGAUCUGGCUGCAAUCGUAGACGUCUUUUACAUCAAAAACCACGGCAUCCACGAGGACGUAAUCAAUGCUGCUCUGGGCCAGGCCAAGCCUUUCUUCCACCAACCAGAAUCCGAAAAGCAGAAGGUAUCAAGGGACAAAUCUUGCCAUUUCAAUGGCUUGUCUCAGCGCCAGACAUCAAGAGCAUCGCCGUCUGAGUCACUGGAUAACAUGGAACAAUUUGCAUGGUGCUACGACCCACAAUACGAUCCGGAAACAAAGGAUCUGAACUGCGUACCUGAAGACAUCAAAUCACACCUAAAUCGUGAGGAUUAUAUCUGGGAUGGAAUGGCGCAUAUGCCUCGCUUCAAGGAUGAUUGUAUUCGCUAUUGGCAGCGCUGUGUUCAACUUGCGCGAGGACUGCUGAAAAUAUUUGCACUUGGUCUCGACUUGCCUGAGGACUACUUUGAUAGUGUCACUACUGACGCCGCAUUCAACUUCUAUCCCGCAGCAACCGCCGAACAAAUCCUGAACCCCGGGGAGGACAUCGGACUCGGAUCCCACGCAAACUUACAAUGCUUAACCCUGCUCUGGCAAGAUAGCAUAGGCGGAUUGCAAGUCCUCACCAACGAUGGCCAGUGCAUCAAAGCCCCGCCCAUCCCCGGCACCUUUGUCGUAAAUAUUGGCGACUAUCUCAUGCGCUUCACCAACGAUCAAUUCAAGUCAACGGUUCACAAAGUUGUAUAA